AUGCCUAGCGUGCACACUGUCCCUAACGACUUCCUUGAGCAGGAGAUCAAGACAGAGACCCAGGCUGCUCGCGUAGAACGGGAAGAGGAGGCCCGCGAGGAGAAGCGAAAGCGUGACGAGGCUGCCGCUAAGGCCAAGAAGGCCGACAACUGGCUCAUCCAACAAUUCUCUCGCCUGUCGGACGGAAGUGCUACUGGCCUCGUUAUUGCCAACUUCGCUACUGUUGUCGGUCUGGGCGCAUACCUUGGCUACAAGGGCUGGGGCCUCUAUGAGAAGGGCAAGCUUGACUGGAAGGCCGUCACUCUCGGUGCUGGUAUCCUCGCUGGUGUGACAGCUGCCGAGGGUGCUGUUGGACGAUAUCUGUACAAGGGCAAGAAGGGCGGCAACUAG